AUUAUUCUUUUUACUGGUUUUUUUUUUUAGUUUUUUAUUUAGAUUGGAAAGCGAAUUUUUCAUGUAUCUCGGGGGGGAAAAAACCAUGGUUGCGCGGUUUGACCGAGAUUUUUUUCAACAAUUAAAAAAGCGCAUGUUACGGACACGCAAGCAUUAUCACAGGAGCAUCCACUGUAAAAAUUUAUUUCAUGACAAUCUUGCAUGAAACUGGUUUAUAUUUUUUUUAUAAUGUUAUUUUGGAAUUGUCUCUUCUGUCAUUCGUGUAGUAUUUAUUAAACAAUGCACUUUUUCACUGUCAAAAAGAUGAUCUGCAAAUAAAAUUGUAAUACAAAACUAUAUAGUUUAACUCGUUAAUUAAUUGAUAAGAAUGAUCUCCUACACAGAAUUAUCAGAAUGGAAAGGCCGCUAGGAGUGUUUUAAAAACUUGACUGCAAAAUUUAAUUAUCUGAAACUUUUUCAUGCUUGCAAAUCGAAUUGAUAAAAACCUAAUCUAAAAUGCUCAUAUUGCUUCCAAAACUUUAAAGUGAUUUCAAGAGAACUUCGAAACAAUCGAGAAAAAGUAUGUAAUUAAGUUUUAAGGUUUUAAGAAAAGUUUUCUCUUCGAAAAAAUAAUGACUUAUUAAAUUCGCAUGUUUUAUUUCUUUACAGAAAAAAUUGCACUCAAAAGUUCCAUCGUCAUCUCGAUAGGAACUCUCUGGAAACUGCCUCUGAACUUCGAAAUGAUCGAAUAUUAAAACGGUAUAUUGGUCAGUGACGCGGAAUUUUCUGCGAUAUAACCACCUUCAGAAAGAGAUCUGAUCCGAUGCUAUCCGUUGAAGGAAAUUCGCUAUCAGCGGAAUCUACGGACAGAGCAGUCGACAGGUGUUUGUGGUGGUAUCAUCGAGAUCAACGCGUUCAGUUCAUACUCGGCGACGUUCUAUCGCGGAUGACGGCUCGUUCUAACAUCUUCUUCUUCGCGAUAGACGUGAUUUAACUUUCGCUGGUAUCAGAUCGAUAGCGCCGAUUGACAUGCCCAAACAAUCGGAUCGGUGACCUUGCAUAAGCCGCGAAGACACGUGUUUCACUUGAGAUUACAAACACUCGUGUGCUUUUCGAGCUGAUAUGUUGCUCCGACCGAACGUUGUGUUUCGCGAACGUUAAAUUGUAAACAGCGCGUCUUCCAGCAACGAGCCGGAGUUCGUCGAAUUUCGUUUAUAUAUAACGAUUUGUUGAAAGUGGAACUCGAUCACUGCAAUAUUGCAAGCUUCCCGGUUAUAUUGCGGUUUCAUCGUCGGAAAUUCGAGAGAGUAUGUGGAAAAAAAUAAUAAAAAAAAAAGAUAAAAGUGAAAACCGUAGCAAUGUGCGAAAAUUGUGUAUAGUGACGGAGCGCCGAUCGCGGAUUGUAACGCUGCGCAAAUAUUCAAGCGGCAAUUGAAAGCGUGAUAUUUGCCUAUUGACUCUUCGAGUACAAUUAUAAUGAUAAUCUAAUUCCAAUUAAAUUAGGAUUAUAAUUCUUGCGAUACUUGGCAGCGAAACUUGAGCUAAAUUGGAGCGUGAAAUAAUUCGUUCAUAAUAGUAUAUACGAAUGGAUAGGGGAAACGUUUAUUUUGCCAAACAGCAAUAAACGUAUUCACGCUUUUAUCAGCACCUUACUCAAUUUGCGAGAUUGUUCUCAAAGGACUAAUACAAACAUUGCAUUUGGAAUUGCUUUUCACGUAUGCAGUCUUGGGAUUCGGUUGGAAAAGCUAUAAUAAGGACGCACGAGUGCCUAUUACCUUAUCAGCUUUUGCGUUAGCUUCCUUCCACUAUUCCGGAAGGAUUCUGGGAGGAGAAAGCCUCUACCGUCGCAAGUGAGUGACCCAUUAACAAUCAGCGAAAGAAGGUUUGCUGACGGGUUAUCGAGGCGUUUCUUUGUUUGCGCGCGCGAUACUGGAGACUUGUGAUAAAUCAGAAUGUGCAUACGCGAAGGUGUCGUCGCGAUGAGUCGAACCAACGUGUGACAUCCUCGCGAGGUGAGUUUCGAAGCAUGGGGACGUCGAGCAUGGACGAGAACGACACGCUCGAUUUCUGGCGGGACUGGGAUCUGAGCAACCUGACCGAGGCUGAGUACCUGAGCAAAGUGCUGGGGGACAAGUACAUGCCUCUCAGGCUGGCGAUACCGCUCACGAUCGCCUACGUGGUGAUCUUCAUCACCGGGGUCUUCGGCAAUGUCGCCACGUGCACGGUCAUCAUCCGGAACUCGUCCAUGCAGACCGCCACCAACUACUACCUCUUCAGUCUGGCCAUAUCUGAUCUCACUCUACUCAUACUUGGUCUUCCCAAUGAGCUGAGCGUGUUCUGGCAGCAAUAUCCGUGGGCCCUGGGCACGGGGCUUUGCAAAAUCCGGGCGUAUGUGUCAGAAAUGUCAUCCUACGUGUCGGUUCUCACAAUCGUGGCUUUCUCCAUGGAAAGGUAUUUGGCCAUCUGUCAUCCGUUGCGCGUCUAUUCGAUCAGCGGUCUCAGAAGACCGAUACAGUUUAUCGUUGCAGCUUGGUCAAUUGGAAUGGUCUCGGCCAUACCGUUCGCGAUUUAUCCCAAGGUCAAUUUCGUCGAAUAUCCGCCAGGAUCGGGAAAUUAUUCGGCUGAUUCGGCGAUUUGCGCGAUGCUUCUGCCCGACAUGCCAAAAUAUCCCCUUUACGAACUCAGUUGCAUCGUAUUCUUUCUGAUACCGAUGCUCGUGAUCUUUGUGGUAUACACAAGGAUGGGACUGAAGAUCAAAAGCAGUACCAAAGAAACGCUUGGCCCGAUACAAGGUUCCUACGUUCACGGCGAUCAUCGACAAGUUCAAACCAGAAAAUCCGUCAUCAGAAUGCUAAGCGCGGUCGUUAUCAUGUUCUUCCUUUGCUGGGCGCCGUUUCACGCCCAGCGUCUGCUUUACAUCUACGCACAGGAAUCCGAUUAUUAUCCGGACUUAAACCAAUGCCUCUACAUUGUGAGUGGCUGUCUGUAUUACUUCAGCACUACCGUCAAUCCGAUACUCUACAAUUUGAUGAGCAUCAAAUACCGCCAAGCAUUCAUACAAACGAUAUGCUGCAGAACGAGGAGGCCGACGAGCAAAUCUUUAAUGGCAAAGGAAUCUCAUCCGCGUAGAUGCGACUCCUCGAACGAACGAAGUGUUGUAUGCUCUGUCAGGUAUACGAUUGCUCAAGCCAAAGAGAUGUUUUGUUUUACGCCGAGUCGACAGGAAAGUAUAAAGGAUAUCAACAGAAAUAAUGGGAAUGCAAGCAAUUUUUCUCAAAAUGCUUACUCGUCACAAAAGGAAGAUUCAUCUUCGACGUUUCUCUUUGAACGAGGGCAUCUUCUCGCUUACCAGCAGCCUAGCAACGAAAGCACAACGUCCACGAAAAGAUCAGAAGAUACUGUUUCCAUAGCUAAAAGCAGUCUGUGAUCUAUUUUCAUUCGCUUUUAUUUAGAUAAACAAAUAUAAUGCGCAUGUUGUAAAUAAAACUGUAGACAGUUUGAGGUAUCGAUUAUAAGCGCGAGAGGCUUUACUAUAUUGUAAAUAGGUAGAUAGCCCGAAUUAUUUUUUUUACCGAUUAUAAUGCGUCAAAAUUUAUUUUAUACUAUUUAUUCGAGAAUAAAGCUUUACACAUAUUAUGCCUGAUGUUUAUUUUACGCGUUCGUGAAUUUAUGCAAUUUUAGAACGACAAAUGUGUUAGGCCCCGCCAUGAAAAUAAUAAUUUUCGUCAAAAUGCUGAUACGCGCGAUUAUUUCCAUACUAAUCGUGAUAUGCUUUACACCAGCGAGCUAUACUUUAAUAAAGAUAAAUUUGCAGUAAUAAUGAUUCAAUUGAGUUUUUAAUAAAAAGCUCCAUUGUCAAUCCAACUCAUUUCAGCAGUAAUAUUAUCAGCUUGUUCCCGAUCAAUUCUCGACAUGUAACGCGUAUUUUCUUUUUUGCACAAAUAAAACGUU